UACUGCCUUUCGGCGAUGGUGGAGAAAGCAUAGUUGACGCCAUCUUGCAGUGAAAUUUUCCUAUCGGCCACGUUUUGCUCUAGAUUAUUCCGUACGAAAUGUUUAGGAAACUUCUUUUGCCUGUCGGUGUUGCCCUCAAAAAUACUUUUUGCGAACGGGCAGUUUCCAAUGUCGUCGGUUGUUCCCUGAAGUCGGGGGUUAGGGUCAUAACGUUGAGUCCCACCUCAACGGGUUUGCACACAUCCUCGUCUCUACGUCUUGGGAGAAAAGACAGGAAAGCUGACGGUAGAUAUGUGCCGAAAGAAAUGACUGCCACAGGCGAACGCUCUUCUAUUUUGGAAUCCCGGACUCCCAGGAUUGAUGAUAGAUUUCCUGAUCUAAAUUUACCAACUAAGGUCUUCAAUGGAGUUAUGUUCAAAGAUUUGCCAAUUCUCAAUGUGAAAGCUACAAUGAACAAUACUAUCAUGACUGUUACUGAUCCUAAUGGUGCUUGUAACCUAAUAAGGUCAUGUGGCUAUGAUGGGUUUAAGAAUGCCCGAAAGGGUACAAAUGUUGCAGCUCAAGCAACUGCCUUCACACUUGGAAAGAAAAUGGCACAGAGAGGUUUCAAAACCGUUCGAGCAAGAGUGCAAGGACUAGGGCCUGGUAGAUUGGCGUCACUUAAAGGCUUAACUUUAGCUGGUAUUGAAAUAGUCUCCAUUACUGACAACACCCCAGUUUCAUGGAAUCCCCCAAGAGCUCGCAAGCGGAGAAGGUUGUGAAAGGUUCUUCGUUAUUUCUUUAUCUGUAAAUGUGAUUGUAUUAUUGUGAACGGAUUAAGCAUUAAGUCAAAUACUGCACCUUUUGAUGUCAUCUGUCAACACUCCAAGCAACACCGGUAAGUUUUCACAAAAGCACUGAGAAAAAGGGAAGACCUCUGAUUCUCUUUAAAGGAACCCACUCAAUAUUGGUGGAUUAGCAAAUUCUGGAAUUAUGUGCCAUUUUACGGUGUCCAAAGAAUAAUGCCUCAGUUACUGUUCUUUUGCUUUAUUAUUAUUAUUCUCUAUGAACCAAUUGAGCUCAUUAAUAAAUGGGAGAUGAGAUGAAGUUUCAGUUAAAUCAGAUAAAAGUAAGUGUAGGGAAGGUGUCAUGAACACCUGUACUUUUUCAAUUUAAACUUCACCCUCAUUUUUAUAUUUCUUGGACUAUGUCUUGAAGUUUUUGAAAAGAGAACAAAGAUUUCAGUUUUGAUGUUUUGCUGUAUUGUUCCUGUCAUGCAAUCAGAAGUUUUUCAAGUGUUUGUCAAAUACCUAGUCAAAUAGUAAAUAAGCUUGCUCUUGAAGCUAAAUAAAUCAGAAUCUUGAAAACUUUUGAAUUUUUAUUGAUGAUCCCUUUAAGUUUAUAUUACUUCAAAAAAGUAUCUUACAAAAUUGAUUGCAAAUUAGUGAAAUUUGAGGUAGUUCUGAGCAUUUUACAUAGUUCAAUGCUAUUGGGUAUUCUUUCAGACCUUUCUUAGUUUUAAAGAAGGGAAACUGUCAUUGCACACUGUAGAAGUAAUUGUUACAUAUUCCAAUGAUGGUAAUUCCAAAUUGUUGCAUCAAUUAUUCCAGUUUGCUUUAAAGGAGAGUGUUGCUCUUCCAUUGAAAUGAAUUCUUCAUCUCCAUCCAAUACAAAUGUUGCAAAUUUAUUAACAUAAUUUAUGUUUUAGGGAUCAUUAUUAAUGUGUGUUUGGAAUAUUUUCUGACAGUUUGUGUGACAAAGGUAUGGAGACAAAUGAGCAUGUCUUAGUAAAUAAGCAGUAUUUUUUUCUAUUCCUGUAUUCUCUCUUUUUUAAAAAAACAUCUCAUUGUUAUGCCUUUAAGUCUUUUUUAAAAAUUUCAAACUGUUAAACUUUGAGCAAGUAUUGCAUUUAUUAGAUGUGAUUGCUGCUUGUUGAAAGGUUUCCCUCUGUGAAGUUGAUAUAAGUAAGUGCAAUUGUCCUUUUUGUACUGUGGUGAAACUUACAUAUUGUUGUAUGAGAGGUUGCUGAAGCAAAGAGGGCGAUAUUGGUCAGCUCUCAGUCAUCUAAAGACUGAUUGGUUUGGUCAAUCAACUGUGAUAUUUUAGUGUACCUGAUACUCUUAGAAGUUAAUGGCACGCACUGUUAACUCAUGUUCUUACAUAUAAAUAAAAAUUGACAUGUUAUUUA